UGAGACGCUACAGUCGCCACAGGAGUUUCUAAGCAAUGCACACGAAUCAAAGCUCCCUUCGCCACCAAAGAUGGAUUGGAGUGGCAUACACAAAAUAUUCUUCGUCGAUGAUGAGCAAUGAUAGACUUUGGCGGUGGGCCUGGACUGAUUGGGGUGCCUAUCCAGGCGGCGGAGACAUUUUUCUUGCCUGAUACUGAAAAUCUCUUGAGCAGGCUCGCUUCACCCUCUCCAGCAGCAAACUUUUGGAUGCGCCAUGCGAAAGCUUCCCUCCCAGAUUGGCUGCCAUGAUAUGGAUAUAGGUAUCAUGUGCCUCUGGAAACUUGUGUGAACGCCAGAGCCGAAUAUCUCAGACAUGGACAAAGGAGCAGAGCAGCCUCUUAUGUCGCAGAUGAUUAGGAGUGGCUUGCUAUGGCCCAUGGUUCAUUGGAUAUCUCAAAAAACUCGCAGUGCGAUGGUGCAUAGAGGCUAGAGCACGGCCUAAUAAGUUAGCCCUUCACAGCAUAAACAGGCCACACCGAGAUUACAUUUCGAGACUCUGACUAGCAACCAUUGCAUUGGUUUAGGCUUUUGGUCUCGGUUGAAGCCCUGUUUUCCUUGCCUACCUAGAAUCGAAAAAGGGAUAUUUCUUUGAGCUGCAUGCGCCAGAUGCGCCGCAUGCUGUGUUACGAAUUCUGUUUGGCACCGUUUUUGGUUAUCAAGACGGACGAGGAGUCACCGCAGUUUCUUCAGAUUUCAAAACAACCUAAAUAUGGCGCUAUUAGCCGAUCCAAACGGGCGCCAUCUUUGACUGCGGCCUGGGGAGACCUGGCCGACUGGGCUGAAAGAAUUUUGUCCUCCUUCUGGAGUCUGCAUGCCACAGCACCUUGAACCGAUACCAGCGUUCCCAUCUGCCUGCCUUUUCCGUAUUCUUUGCGACGAU